UGUGUUCUACCGGCCCGGGCGAGCACGUGGGGGAGCCACCGGAGCGGCGCGCGGCGGGGCCGGGCGGCCGGGGUGGGGGGCGGCGGGCGGCGGCGCCGCCAGGGCUCUGCAUCCCGACGCUCGCCGCGGAGCGGUGUAGUUGCGUCCAGCCUGCAGGAUGGCCAUCCAGCUCCGCGCUCUCUUCCCCUUGGCAGUGCCUGGCAUGCUUGCACUCCUUGGCUGGUGGUGGUUCUUCUCUCGAAAGAAAGAGCACAAUAGCGCCCCCGCCAUACCAGAGGAGGCGGGCGCUGUGACGUUGGGCACCGCACCUGCCCCCAAGGAGGAGACUUUCCCAGGCGGGGACCCGGGCCCUCCGGUGGCAUCCACCCCCCUCAGGGUUAGUCUGCCGCCCGAGAAGGAGCUGUCCCCGGUGGGCAAGCCAGCGGUGGAGCCCCCCGCCCUGCUGCGGGCACAGCCAGUCUGCCGCCGGUCCGAGUCCUCGGGCAGCCUUCCCAGCACCACUGACCCGCGACUUCGCCCUGGGAUCCGGAAGGACGAUGGCGCGCAGGUGGGGCUGGCCCCGACGGGGGACGAAGCCAAGCCAGUUCCUCAGGAGUGUCACCUUCCAGCCCCCAGGGCAGUCUCGUUCCCCCACGAAGCCGCAGAGAUGUGCAAGCGGGAGUCCCUGCUGAGCAGGACUUCAGGGCAGGGCCGGCAAAGCCAGGCUGGGGCCCAGGCAGAGAAGCACGGCGCCGGGGAGAAGGCGCGCGAGAGGGCUGAGGGCACGGGUGACGCAGCCGCCGCGCCGGGAGACAGCGUGCUGGAAGAAGGGCUGUUGAGUUCGGAGUAUGGCCCCGAGUUGCAGAGCAGCAGGGGUCGCGCCCCUUCAGGAGGUGGGGGAGAGCGAGGGCCGAGCGGCCCACCCUCAGGAAAUGGAAGGAAGGUGUGCACCCACGCAGCUGAGCUGGGGAAGGAGGAAGAGGCGACGCGCGCGGAGCCGAGCCAGGCUGAGAGCCCUGCACUGCCCGGCAGAGGUGGCAGGACCCGGGACAGAGAUGCGGUGGCCGGGAAGCUGGACCCUGAGAAGGCCUUGGAUCAGAAUGAGGCCAUCGAGCAGGCUGCUUUGCAGUUAAUCUCCAAAGUGAUCUUGGGAGCAACGGAAGAAGUGCUGGCCACGACCGUGGGUAAGAUCGCAGGCCGCCUGGGCCAGGCCCCUGCCAGCCAGUGUCCAGGGCAGGAGGAGAGAGGUGCACCCGGGGGCCAGCAGAUAGCCGCACGCCCGGCACAGCCGGCCCUGCCUUCACCAGCCCCAGCGGGAGAGGACGCGCCACUUCCAAAGACCUAUGUGAGCUGCCUGACCAGCCCUCUGUGCAGCCCCACCAAGGACAAGAAGCCAAAGACCUCCGCACACCACCUCUCCCUGACACCCUGCCUGCCCCCGGCCACCCCUCCGGGAGAGCUGCUUGGCGAGGCGAGCGUCCCAGUGGAAGAUCCGGGCUGUGUCCCUUGCACUUACGACAGCAGCCAGGCUGGUCCCUCCAUGGCCUCCAGGCAAUCCUCAGAUUCUGCCAGCACUUUGGGGCAGGAAGACUCUUGUCCAGAAACCAGCUCCAGCCCCCGGGAAAAGGCCAGCACACCACCGCUGCCCGAAAGUACUGUGCCCUUCAGCAAUGGGGUGCUCAAGGGCUUGUCGGACCUGGGGACUGAGGACGGAUGGCCCCCGGACGCCGAGGCGGAUCACUCGGGAGGCUCGGACGGGAACAGCAUGGAUUCCGUGGACGGCUGCUGUGGCCCCAGGAAGACGGAUGAUUUCCAGAGUGCCCAGACAGGCUCCAGCCCGCAGAAGGUCGACCUCAUCAUCUGGGAGAUUGAGGUGCCAAAGCACCUAGUUGGUCGACUAAUUGGCAAGCAGGGGCGCUAUGUGAGUUUUCUGAAGCAAACAUCUGGUGCCAAGAUCUACAUCUCAACCCUGCCGUAUACCCAGAACGUCCAGAUCUGCCACAUAGAAGGCUCUCAGCAUCACGUGGACAAAGCACUGAACUUGAUUGGGAAGAAGUUUAAGGAACUGAACCUCACCAACAUCUAUGCCCCGCCACUGCCUUCACUGCCGCUGCCUUCUCUGCCGAUGACUUCCUGGCUCAUGCUUCCUGACGGCAUCACGGUGGAGGUGAUCGUGGUCAACCAGGUCAAUGCCGGGCACCUGUUCGUGCAGCAGCACACGCACCCGACCUUCCACGCGCUGCGCAGCCUGGAUCAGCAGAUGUACCUCUGCUACUCCCAGCCCGGCAUUCCCACUCUGCCCACCCCUGUGGAAAUAACGGUCAUCUGCGCGGCUCCCGGCGUGGACGGUGCCUGGUGGCGAGCCCAGGUGGUGGCCUCCUACGAGGAAACCAACGAGGUUGAGAUCCGCUACGUGGACUACGGCGGCUAUAAGAGAGUGAAGGUCGACGUGCUCCGGCAGAUUCGGUCUGACUUUGUGACCCUGCCAUUCCAGGGAGCAGAGGUUCUUCUGGACAGCGUGAUGCCGCUGUCAGAUGACGAUCAUUUUUCACCGGAAGCUGAUGCGGCGAUGAGUGAGAUGACGGGAAAUACAGCACUGCUGGCUCAGGUGACAAAUUACAGUGCGACUGGUCUUCCUCUGAUUCAGUUAUGGAGUGUGGUUGGAGAUGAAGUGGUGUUGAUAAACCGGUUGCUGGUGGAGCGAGGACUUGCUCAGUGGGUGGACAGCUACUACGCGAGCCUUUGACCCCUGGUCCUUCACAGCCAAUUCUUGUCUUUUUUGCACUGUUGAAAUUGGGCUUGGUACUCAAGGCAAAGAUUUACAUCCUAAUUACAAGCCUUGUCCUCCCCAGAGAGUUCUUUUCUUAAAAAAGAAAAA